AUGGAAGCCAAAGAAGAUUAUACCCAAGAUGCCACCGUUGAUUUCCGUGGCCAACCUGCACUUUCAUCUCAAACUGGCAAAUGGAAGGCUUGUGCUUUUCUUGUUGGGUAUGAAGCAUUUGAAAGGAUGGCCUUCUAUGGAGUGGCUUCCAACUUGGUGAAUUACCUUACAACCCAACUUCAUGAAGACACAGUUUCAUCAGUGAGGAAUGUGAAUAACUGGUCAGGAUCUGUGUGGAUAACGCCAAUUCUUGGAGCUUGCAUAGCAGAUUCUUACUUGGGUCGCUUCUGGACUUUCACUCUCUCAUCUCUCAUUUAUGUCUUGGGUAUGACUCUUCUCACGGUAGCAGUGUCACUGAAGAGCUUGAGGCCAACAUGCACCAAUGGCAUCUGCAACAAGGCUUCAACCUCACAGAUUGCAUUUUUCUACACUGCCCUUUACACUAUGGCAAUUGGGGCAGGGGGAACAAAGCCUAACAUAUCAACCUUUGGUGCUGACCAGUUUGAUGACUUCAACCCCAAUGAGAAAGAGCUAAAGGCCUCAUUCUUCAACUGGUGGAUGUUCACCUCAUUCUUGGGUGCUUUGAUUGCCACAUUGGGACUGGUUUACAUUCAAGAGAACUUGGGGUGGGGACUUGGUUAUGGUAUCCCCACUGCUGGUCUCAUGCUGUCUUUGGUGAUAUUCUACAUAGGCACACCAAUAUAUCGCCACAAAGUAAGAACAAGCAAUUCUCCUGCUAGGGACCUAGUUCGUGUCCCCAUUGCAGCAUUCAGGAAUAGAAAACUCCAUCUCCCUGGUAACCCCUCGGAUCUCUAUGAGCACAACCUCCAACAUUAUGUUAACAGUGGGAAACGCCAAGUCUAUCACACACCAACCCUGAGGUUUUUGGACAAGGCUGCUAUCAAAGAAGACGGUGCUGAUCCCACCAGAGUACCAUUGACAGUAACCCAAGUGGAAGGAUCGAAACUUAUUUUUGGUAUGGCCCUUGUAUGGCUGGUGACGCUGAUUCCCAGCACUAUUUGGGCCCAAAUCAACACUCUUUUUGUGAAACAAGGAACCACUUUGGACAGAAACCUCGGAUACCAUUUCAAAAUUCCAUCAGCCUCCCUUGGAAGCUUUGUGACACUCUCCAUGCUUCUCUCAGUGCCAAUGUAUGACCGGUUUUUCGUGCCGUUUAUGCGCCAGAAAACUGGCCACCCUAGAGGAAUCACAUUGCUUCAAAGGCUUGGGAUUGGAUUUUCAAUCCAGAUCAUAGCCAUUGCGAUUGCUUAUGCAGUAGAGGUUAGAAGAAUGCAUGUCAUAAGAGAAAACCACGUGGCUAGUCCUAAAGAUAUAGUCCCCAUGAGUAUAUUUUGGCUGAUGCCUCAGUAUGUAUUAAUAGGGAUAGCAGAUGUGUUUAAUGCCAUUGGAUUGCUAGAAUUCUUCUAUGAUCAAUCCCCCGAAGACAUGCAGAGUCUUGGAACUACAUUCUUCACAAGUGGGAUCGGUGUUGGGAACUUCUUGAACAGCUUUUUGGUGACAAUGGUUGAUAAAAUAACAGGAAGAGGCGACAAAAAGAGCUGGAUAGGGGACAACUUGAAUGAUUGUCACUUGGACUACUAUUAUGGGUUCUUGUUGGUCAUGUCAAGUGUCAAUUUGGUGGUUUUUCUUUGGGUUUCAAGUAGAUAUAUUUAUAAGAGGGAAUCAAUAAGGGUCAAAGAGGGCCUUUGUGUUCAAAUGGAGGGGAACCCAACUUUGGACGCCUCUCUCAGCUUACAAGUGUGA